CUGUCUUUACUGGCAUUUGUGUGUGCGGACUUGUGGGGAAUAUGAUGGUUGUGUGGUUUCUGGGCUUCCGGAUGAAGAAGAACCCCUUCACUGUCUACGUCCUGAACCUGGCCGUCGCUGACUUCUCUCUGCUCCUGUUCCUUCUUGUUAUACUUACACUACAAAUUAUUUCAAAAUCCUCUUGUGUUUCAAUAUAUAACUAUUUUCUGAGCAGUUAUAUCCUGAUAGGUCUGUUUCUGUUUUGGUAUUUUGCCGGCAUGUAUCUUCUGACAGCAAUGAGCAUGGAGAGGUGCCUGUCUGUUUUGUUCCCGAUCUGGUACCGGUGUCACCGCCCAAAGCGCUUGUCAGGCAUCACAUGUGGGGUGCUCUGGGCUGUCACCGGACUUUUGGAUUCUUCGGCUUUGAUUACUUGUUAUUCAUUUGGGAAUACGCCCUGUGAAAAACUAUUGCAAGGUUUAAGCACUGUGAAUUUUCUCGCUUUCUCUUUUUUCCCGUUGAUUUCCAACCUGUGCCUGUUCAUCAGACUCCGAUGUGGCUCACAGAGACGACACCCAGGGAAAAUCUAUGUUGUUGUCCUGCUCAGUGUGAUCUUCAUGUUCACCUUGGGGCUCCCCUUCAGUGUGGUGCUUUUCCUUGAACCUGACUCUUCUAACCUGGUUUACCUUCAUAUCACUUACCUGCCGGCAUCGCUGAACAGCAGCAUUAACCCAUUAAUUUACUUCCUGGUGGGGAGCUGCCGGCAUUGCCGCUUCCAAGGCUCCGUGAAAGUCGCCUUCCAACGAGUGUUCGAAGAGAAAACAAUGAGCGAGGAGAGGAGCCACGUGCCUGGGGACACUUCAGUGGGGACCGCUGUGUAA